CCGCCCCGCAGUUCUUUCAUUACACUCGUGCAGUUCGACGGAACAACAAGCAGCAGCAAACAGCAGCAGCAGCAGCAGCAGCAGAAAAACAUACAAGAAAAAUCAUACCUACAAAUUCGUCAUGGGCUUAGCGUUAAAGUUCGGAUUGGCCUUGUCGGCGUGCGUUUGCCUGGCUUUGGCCGACCCGAUCCCGGUGACCGGACCCGUAGCCGCCGCUCCCGCUAAUCCGUGCGACACCAAGGACGGUGCCGUCGAUUGCGCGCAGAUGCAACUCUUCCGGACGGUCCGGUCGUUCUUCGACCAGGACAAGAUCGAACUCUUGGGCGGACUAUCGCUGGUCAAGACCGAGAAGAAGGGCCGAUCGUUGGCCGCCGUAGCCGCCGAGACCGCCGAAGACGUCAACAACGUCGAGACCGCCAAGGACUCCGAGCACCGCGAAACCGCCCUCGAGGAUUUCACCAUGCACAAGGUCGCGCGUUUCUUCCAAGAGAGGACACUGCACUGGAACCUGUCGCCAAUCGUCACCGAAGUGUCCCAGACCGCCCGUAGCGUUGCCGAUCACAUCCCGACCCAAAUCAAAUCCAAAAUCUCCGAAUUUUUCGAAGAAGGUAAAUAUCUUGUUUUUUUUUUUGUUCGUCAAUACUUAAUGAUACGUCCAUCUUUUUAUUUUUUUCAUCGCUAAUUUCCUUUCGCGUGCUUUCGUACAAUAUAAAUUUGACUCGAUACAUAUUAAUUCAACAUCAAAUUAUUUUUUAUUAUACAAAUGCAAGUAUUUCAAUAGUAUAUUUCAAGUAUCGGCGUCAAAGUUUUUUUUUAGUUGAAACGGUAUUUGCAAAAAUCGAUAAAAACAAGAACAAGACCCGUAAUAUAUGGGUCUUGUUCUUGAUAAACACAAUUCGUUUGUUUUGUUUUGUGAAUACUUUUCACUAAAAUUCAAUAUAAUCUAUAAAACAUUUACGAUAAUUACGACGAAUACGAUAAUUAUUGCACAGGCCGUGGCAUGAAGAAGAACAGCAAGAAAUACUUAAAACAAUUGAUGCCGUUUUUGAUCGCUCUGAAAGUGAAACUUAGCCUGUUCGCCGCCCUCGCGUACGUCGUGAUCGCCUUGAUCGCCAAGAAGGCCUUGUUGGCCAGUUUGAUUUCCCUGGCCGUUUCCGGAUUCAUCGGCAUCAAGAAAUUGUUGGCCAGCCAACACCACGCACCUCACCACGAAGUGGUAAGUCACACGCGUACUCGACUCGUACGAGACAAACGGGCGCGGGCGUAAAAAACCGCCGCCUGUUGUUACUGCGUACGCGAGUUGCAACGGAAAUCAAUAAUAAUCGUAGUGACCGAUGCCGAAAACAAACCGUUAAUUACGAUGUUUAUGUUGUGCGCGUUUUAGCAAAUCGAAACCCACCACAGCAGCGGACACGGCGCCAGCUACGGUAACAGCGCCCCGAGCGCGUACAGCGCCCCGAGCUCCGGCUGGGACAGCUACGGAGGAGGUCACGACGCCCACGGAUCGUACUCCAACAACGUGGCCCAGUCCUUGGCCUACGGCAACCAAAAACCGGCUUCCAGAUAGAUACUAUUAUUAGUAUGUAAUGGUGAGUGUUGUUGUUGUUAUUGUGUUUUGUUAUUUUUAACAUUUUACUAUCUCCGUGCCCCCGGGUUUCGUGUCGGCGACCGACACAAACGAAAACAAAACGGUCUCGUCGGCGGCCUCGGGACGAGCACGCGCCGAAAGACGAUUUCACGACUACGCGAUAACACGCGUCUUGCGUGAAAGACACGGAGAGGGGGGGGGGUAAUAGAAAAGUUACUUUUUUUUUUUUUUCUACCAAGUAAUAAGUUCGGGUCCAAUUAAAUGUUGCACUUUGAAAUGCUGCAAACGGAAUUCAAUUAUUAUGUUUGAAACGCAUAUUGACGUUCCCGUUAUGAAAUAAAUUUUUUUAAACAAAUCGUCUAUAGCGCUAUAACAUUCAAAGUGACUUUUCUGGUUUUUUCCCCCGAUCCUUCAUAUUCUGGUGGGGGGGGGAGGGAGUGGUGACCAGAUAGGAAACCAGAAAGAAAAAAAUCGAUACGCGUCCGUCGUCGUACAAUAUCAUUAUAAUGUUGUUUUAACCUAACCGAGAGAGCCGAAAUAUUGUUAUAGAGAAGACUUUGCGCGGGUUCGAUGACUUCGCGCGCGUAUACCUGUACGACCGCGACUCGCGAACGGCCCAAGGUGAAAGUCGGGCAAGUUCAAGGGGGACCGGGUGUGCCGUCGCACGAGAGAUUUCAAAUCGAUAGACGACAAAAAUCAUUUUUUUUUUCCCUCUCCCCCCCCCCCCCCCGGUCAUCGGAGUGAAAGCCGUAGAAAAUAAACUGGUUUUUCGGGACUAGGUGGUUUUUGUCUUCGUGCAUUUGAAUUUCCGGAGACCGAGAAACUCGCGGGCGCGCGUCCGACUGGUUUUCGACACGACGUCCGCGAUAAUACCAUUAUAAAUUAUUAUGAUAAUAUUAUACAGUUAAUAAUAAUAAUUAUUAUUAUUAUUUACGACGAUAGUUCCGUUCUCACCCGGUCGCAGCCGUCGCCGCGUGACCGACAUCCGCGUGCGACCAGUUUUUUUUUUUUUUUCUCUUCGCCUCCGCACACGCGAAUCAAACCGUCUGGACGGGUCGAACGUUAUCGGAUUCAACUGUUUACGCGUCGCGUCGCGCCCACCCGCGGUCCCCCAUUUUUCGACCUCGUUCCGAUCGACCGGUCGAAUCGCAGCCGAACGGCAACGAACGAAAUUCCCCCGUCUGAAUUCCGAAUCACCGCGCUGAGCGAACGGGCCUCUCGCUAAAUCGUUUUGCACGGCGGCCGUUCGAACGGAAUCUAUUCUGCCGCGUGCCUCGCCGGGGCUCUGUCGGUGCCCUACGGUCUUACGAAACGAUCCCGGUCACCCAGCCGCUGGCGCCGUAAUACGUUACCGUCCUGCGGCUAAGCCGUUUGUCGCGAACCGCGGAAUAACGACGUCGUGGACGGUAUCGCCGACGACACGGCGUUACAGCGUACGGGGGCGGGUACGCGAUAUUCCGAUACGGUUUCGUUUGUUUCCGCCAACGUGACCGGCGAACGGACACGGCCGUUCGCGCAGAGAUGAGACGCUGCUAAUCUGUACGGCCAAACCUGCGACCGCACCCCGAAACCGAACACCCGUAACCUGUGAUACGGAUCCCCGCAACGACCGCCGCGUUUUGUAUUAUACUAAUGCGCGCCGUUUGUUUUUUUUUUCUUGUUUACAGAUCUGAAAACACGAGCCUAGCCGAUGUUUUGUAAAUACGUUAUAGAAUUAUUAUAAAUUUCGAUGUGCCGCCGCGGUCUUGCCCUCGACCCCGUCGUCAUCGUACGACGGCGAAAACAGCGGAACAACAAAAAACAAAAAAAAACAAAAACAAAAACAAAAACCCAACAAUUAUUAUUUAUUAUGUUAUUUAAAAAAAAAAACCGUCCACGGCACUACGACGUGAACCCGACUACCCGAGAGACGAAAACGACGACGACGACGACGACGACGCGACUGACAAUUAGUGACAAACCGACAACGACCACACUACCCACGUGAUCCUGCGAUACGUAUAUAAAAAUAAUACCUAUAAUUAUCCGCGUGUUAUCAAUUCGCAACUCCUCCAUCUAUACAUAAUUCUGUUCACCAUCACCCCCGACUCGUUAAUUAUUUUUAUAACAUACCAUUAUACAGCGGUUAUAACCGGACACGGUAACCCGCACGACAAACACCACGUACAACACUGCUGCAGUGUCUGCACCGACUGAACGCGUAUCAUAUAAUAUUAUUAUUAUUAUUAUUAUUAUUUUUAUUAUUUAAUUAUUAUUUAAUUAUUAUUUAUUAUUAAUAUAUUAUAUAUUUUUUUUUAUCAUUGCCGCAUUCAACGCUAAACGUAUUAUUGUUUUUAUUUUCGUUUAAACCGCCGACUACGCGUUACGAUUUAUUAGGUAUUAACAUUUAUAUUAAGCAUAUUGUGCCAAAGACUACAGACGACUUACCUACAUAUUUACCGUCAAUAAUAUUACACGUUUAACCGACACGGACGACGACUAACUGACUUACUACGCUUACUACGCGCACCUAAUAGAACACCCCGUGCAGUGUAUCACCGCCCACUCGACGACCGACAUUGACCGCCGUAAACCGCGGGUAUUGGGCGACCCGUACUUUCGUAAUCACAUUAUUGACAAUUAUUUAUUACCGACCGAAACUCGUCACGUUUUACACUGACCGUACACCGACUACGCAUCCGUACACGACCUGACCGACGCUCGCCAUUCUACCAAAACGCACUUGCCCCCCCGUAAACUCGGUCGGAACAUUAUUAUUAUUAUUAUUAUUAUUUUUUUUUUUUUUUUAAUAUUAUUUAUUUAUUUAUACCAGCUUUUUAUAUAUAUAUAUAUAUUUUUUUUUGUACAAUGAUUUAUUUUUAUAUUAUAUAUAUUUACAAAUAUAUAUAUAUUUGUUGUACAACAUGAAAACAAAGAGAACCGAAUAAACGUAUUUAGUUAUUGCCAAAGAACAAAAUCGACAAUACGAAAGUAUAUACAUAUACGUAUUUAUAUAUAUAUCAUUAUUAUAAUUUAAUCCGG